CUGCAUUACAAUAACCUCUUUUUAAAGGCAGUAAAAGCAAAAGAAAAAUGACUGAAACAACCUCAGUUUUUUUCCACUGAAUUCAGUAAAUAUUUUCAGUAUUUCUGUAGCAACGGCAGCAUCUAGUUGAACAUAUUGUUUUACACAAAUUCAGAAAGAGGCAGCUGUGAUGUGUUCAACCUUCUGGAAGGACUGCAGAUAUACACACACCAUGUUCUUUUCUUUCCUUCUUCUUUCUAUCUUUCACCAUAAAAUCCUUUUAGCAAGUUUACAGGUUUUGCAUUUUUCCCCUAAAUGUAAAAGUAAGUGUUUGAAAUCACUGCAUUUGUCUCAACAGUAAGGUAUAUAAGUCCAGUCGAACAGAGAAAGUGGAAACAUGCAGCUGAGUCUGUUUCUACUCAACCUGGUUGGUCAAUGUUGUUUCACCACAUGUCUCCUCUAUGAGUAUCGCUAUAUUAAAGAUAAGAUGACGUGGUCCGUAGCCCAGCAGUACUGCAGGAACAAAUACACUGACCUGGCCACAGUGGCAAACAUGACAGACAUGAAGAGACUCUAUAAAUCCACCAUGAUGCAGGGCGGCGAAGCGUGGAUUGGUCUGUACAAAGAUGUAAAGCGGACCUGGCACUGGUCUCUGCCUGGUGUGGAGUUCAAUGACAAUAUGACAAACUGGCAACAAGGAGAAGGAAAUGUAACAGGAACUGAGAACUGUGGGUUUAUAAAUAAAGUUUUCAAGUGGGGAGAUGAUCCUUGUGUAGGAAAGGACCAUUUUUUUCUCUGUUUUAAUGAAAGCAAUCCAUCUCAGAAAAUCUAUUUGAUUGAAGAAAAUAAAGCCUGGUGGGAAGCUCAGAGAUAUUGUAGAGAGAAACACACAGACCUGGUCGGUGGAGUAGACCAGCUACAAGAUGAAGAACUGAAGAGACUGGUGAACAGCAGUGACAAUAAUAUUUUUUAUAUCGGCCUGUUCAAAGACAGCUGGAGAUGGUCUGAUGGGAGCAGUUUUUCUUUCAGACAGUGGAACGUGUCAAUCACAGAUCCUCAGAGCCAAACCACAGACCAAUGUGCUGUGAUGGUGAAAGACUCAGAAAGAUGGAACAGUCGUAGCUGUAAUGAGGAAAAACCCUUCUUCUGUUAUGAUGAUAAAGUGAUCCUUAUCCGACAACAGAUGAACUGGGAGAAUGCCUUAUACUACUGCAGGGAACACCACCGUGAUCUGGUCACCAUCACUAACCUGGAUGAGCAGAGAUGGGUCCAGGAGAAAACCAAGAAUGCCACAACUCCAUAUGUCUGGACGGGACUGCGCUACACCUGCACUCUGGAUUUCUGGUUCUGGGUCAGUAAUCAGGCGGUCACCUAUAAGAACUGGGCCUCAGGUCAAGAUGGGAAUGACUGUGACAUGUCUGGAGCCAUGGAGACAGGAGGAGAGCAUAAGUGGUUCAAAAUAAAUGACAACGACAAGAUGAAUUUCAUCUGUUCUAAAUCUUAAACGUCUUUACUGAUCUUGAAGAAACCUGCAUUUGCUGUAAUGUGAUUGGUUAGUCUUAUGUUGUCAAUAUAAUGAGUUCCCUUUAAUCACCUAUGUUGUUGUUAUUACUGAACCUAGUGCUGUAUCGACCUCCUCUGGCUCGAUUAAAAAAAGAAAAAAGAAAAUUAAAUAAAAUAAAUCUUUAUGUUUAAAUCUAAUGCAUGUCAUAUUUUACUUAACCAGCCUGGUUUAAACGUGUCUGACCUGAUGAAAUUAUCUAAGAGAAUAGAAGACAGUAACUGCUUUCUUUUUUAUGUUUUGGGCCCAGAAUAAAUCUAUGCUUUGUUCAUACAAUAUAAACCUUGCAGGGUUUAGAUCCAAGGAUUCAGGUCA